AUGGUUUUUGAAUUUGAAAAAAUUAUUAGAGAACAAACGACAACCGAAUGUGAAUCGUGGAUGAUGAACAACUCAAUAGAUAAUGUAUUUCAAAAAGAAGGCAUCGCGAUUUACCAAUUCAACAUGUUUGAUGAGGUGAAUCCGAUUGAUCCAACCGAAGCAGCAACCGAGGGCGUCUUCAAGGCGACCCUGAGGAAUAACAGAAAAGCCGUAAUUCUUAAACGAAUUCAUCUAAGCGAAGAAUUUAAUUUAAAUGACUUGAUUAACGAGACCUCUGAAAAUCUCUUUGUUCACAACGAAAGCAUUAAACUAUGCAGCUUCAAGGUGUCCACAAGGAUGUCUGCAUCCAGAAAGUUGACCGAAAAAUUCCGGGAUUCAGUUCAAUAUUUGGAUUCUCAGUAUUUGAGGCUAUGCGACUCCACGGAGUGUAGAAGGAGUUCAGACAUAUACAGCUUGGGUGUCCUUAUGCGGGAAAUUGCGUGCGGCGACACCCAAUUCGAGUCGAUACCGGAUUCAGGUCAUUUGUCAAAAAAUGAAUUAUUGAAUCACAUUAAAAAGUGUAAUGUAAAUAAACCUAUUGCGGGUAUACCUCGUGGAUAUUUCAAGAUUUAUACAGAUUGUAUGCAACACGAAGAAAGGCUUCGCCCGGAUAUUUCGCAAGUUUUCAGGGAUCUCAAGAAAAUCAAUGUCUCGGAUAAAAUAAGCGAACUCGAGAUUUUAAUACCGCUUUUCAAUGACAAUCAAAACAAGAGUUUGAUAAAAGCCGACAUCCUAAAUGCCGAGGAUGUUAUACCCGAAUCUCAAUCCAAAUCGUUGAAAAAGUCCGACGAAUCCACGGUUCGCUCUUCCACGGAGACUGACAUGUUCAUUAAAAGUCUAUUCCAUUUUUUCACGAAUUUAUUCUUUAAGCAACAUCUUGUCAUGGCACCGGUUUUGAUUAAAAAGUAUAUCAAAGAUCACAAGAAGAACCCGGUCAGAGUAUUUCAUCAGUUGCUCCAAAAUCGAAAUCGAUCCUACUUUACGAGCAUGAUAGGUUGCUUUUAUCAAUACGGGAUUGGUGUUGUGGUAGAUUACAAAAUGGCAUUCGAAUACUAUUCGCUGGCUGCUAAUGAUACUUUCGAUUUCGAGAAUGAAACGCCAAAUGAGAUGCCCAAUUCCGAAACGUGGAGUAAAUCGUUCAAAAGUCAACGUAUGACAGGCAUCAGAUAUAUGAACGGAACUGGUAUAACAAAAGAUAUCAUAAAAGCUAUAUUUUGGCUGCAAAAGGCCGCGGAUAAUGGAGAUACCGAUGCUAUUGACGAGUUGGAGGACAUAAUUGGUUUUAUGUUCUUACUGUUAUAA